AUGACCAUUGAAGAGUCGAAAGCGAGCGGCAAACGAUGCCUGCAUUCAACCGAUUGCGUAGGUUACAUAACUGCCUUGAGGUCUUCGUUGCUCCACCAAAGUGUACAUCCCUCCAAACCUAGCUCCAACAUUGUAGGCUACCAUGCCUUUCCAACGCCACAGAACUUGUCGGAGCCGUCCAUCAGGAGCUCACGCCGCCUUCAGACCGUAUGUGCAGAAAACCACCGUAUUACCUCGCGCGCCCGCGGCCGCUACCGGGCGGGAGGCCCAAGCCUCUUGCUCGGGAGUGAGCAUUCGCGCGGUCACCACGACUCGAACGCCCACAUCUCUCCUCUCGCCCUCCUCUACCGCCACGUACACCACGACUCACCGAAGCGUCAAGAAUCCGCUGCCCUUUCUACGAGCUGGCUUUCUUCUUUUUCUUCUUCGGCUCCUCGCCUUCCGCAUCAUCUACUUUCCGCUUCUUCUUCUCAGCAACUGGCACCGCGUCCGUCACCCGGCUGA